ACCCCACCUGUCGCCACUGUCUCCAGCAGUCCCCGUCCGUCACCGGCAGUUCCCGUCCGUCGCCGGCAGUCCCCGUCCGUCGCCGGCAUUCCCCGUCCGUCGCCACCGGGCCCCAUCCGUCGCCACCAGGCCCCAUCCGUCGCCACCAGGCCCCAUCUGUCGCCACCGGGUCCCACCAGGUCCCACCUGUUGUCAUCAGGCCCCACCAGAUCCCACCUGUCUCCACCAGUCCCCACCUGUCGCCACUGUCUCCAGCAGUCCCUAUCCGUCGCCAGCAGUCCCCAUCCGUCGCCAGCAGUCCCCAUCCGUCGCCAGCAGUCCCCAUCCGUCGCCACCGGGCCCCAUCCAUCACCACCAGGACCCAUCCAUCACCCCCAGACCCCAUCUGUCACCACCGGUCCCCAUCAGUCGCCACCAGACCCAUCUGUCGCCACUAGGCCCAACCACGCCCCAUCUGUCACCACCGGUCACCAUCUGUCGCCACCGGUCUGCAUCUGUCGCCACUGGUCCAUGCCUGUCGCCAUCAGUCCACAACUAUCACCACCGGUACUCAUCUGUCUCCACCGGUCCCCAUCUGUUGCCACCAGGCCCAACCAGGCCCCAUCUGUCACCACCAGGACCCACCUGUCUCCACCGGGUCCCACCAGGUCCCACCUGUCGUCACCAGGCCCCAUCUGUCUCCACCAGUCCCCACCUGUCGCCACUGUCUCCACCGGUCCUCAUCCAUCGCCAGCAGUCCUCAUCCGUCGCCAGCAGUCCUCAUCCAUCGCCACCGGGCCCCAUCCAUCGCCACCAGACCCCAUCAGUCCUCAACUAUCACCACCGUGCCCCAUCUGUCUCCACCGUCCCCAUCAGUCCCCAUCUGUCGCCACCGGGCCCCAUCUGUCGCCACUGGGCCCCAUCUGUCGCUAUCAGGUCCAACCACACCCCAUCUGUCACCACCAGGACCCACCAGUCACCAACACGACCCAUCUGUCACCACCUGGUCCCACCGGUCCCCACCUGUUGCCACCGGUCCCCACCAUUCGGCACCAGGCCCCACCUGUCUCCACCGGACCCCAUCCGUCGCCACCAGUCCCCAUCCGUUGCCACUGGUCCCCAACUGUUGCCAGCAGUCCCCACCUAUCUCCACCAGUCCCCACCGGUCCCCAUCUAUCGGCAGCAGGCCCCAUCUGUCACGACCAGGCCCAACCAGGCCCCAACUGUCACCACCUGGCCCCACCAGUCACCGCCAGGCCCCGUCCGUCGCCGCCAGGCCCCGUCCGUCGCCAACAGGCCGCGUCCAUCGCCAUCAGGUCCCAUCCGUCGCCACCAGACCCCAUCAGUCCCCACCUGUCUCCACCGGUCGCCACCAAGAGCCGUCUGCCGCCAACAAGCCCGUCCAUUGCCACCGGUCCCCGUCCGUCGCCACCGGUCCCCGUCCGUCGCCACCGGUCCCCGUCCGACGCCAACGGUCCCCGUCCGUCGCCACCGGUGCCUGCCGGUUGCCACCAGUCCCCACUGGUUCCCAUCUGUCGCCAAAGGUUCCCAUCUGCCUCCGGUCCCCACCUGUCGCCACCAGGACCCACCUGUCUCCACCGGGUUCCACCAGGCCCCACGAAUCUCCACCAGGACCCACCUGAUGCCAUCUGUCUCCACCGGUCUCCACCCGUCGCCACCCGGCCCCGUCCGUCGCCACCCGGCCCCGUCCGUCGCCACCAAGUGUCGCUGGUUACUGAUUUGUACUGA